AUGUUUUCUGGCUAUCGAUUGAUCAUUGUGAAACGAAUUCUUUAUUCUUCUAAUCGAUUCGUACGACAAGCAAUUGAUUAUAAGAAGAAUUACUACGACAUAUUGGGAGUUAGCCGUAACGCGACACAACAAGAAAUCAAGAAUGCAUUCUAUAUGUUAUCCAAGAAAUAUCAUCCGGAUGUUAUUGGGAGUGCUUCUAAGAGCAUCUUUACGGAACGGUUUAUUGCGAUUAAAGAAGCAUAUGAUGUGCUAAAAGAUGUGGAUAGUCGGAACGAGUAUGAUACAUAUCGAGCACAGAUAAGUUAUGACUAUGAUCGGCAAACUUACAAUAAACAAAAUACUGGGUAUGGUACCGGUAGAAGUAAUCGUUAUGCUGGUAGCAACAAGUAUCGUGGUAGUUGGCGAUAUGAUGAUGCUCAUUUGAGAAAGGUUUUUGAAGAAUUACAACGUCGUGCGAAAGAAUAUGAAAAAGCUCAGAAAGAACGGGAUGACCAGUUUUGGGAAAGAUUUUACAAAGCUGAACAAGAACGGUAUAAACGGCGUCAAGAAAUGCCGCCGAGGCCUAAUAUUAAACUUGUAGUCGACAGUUGGCUCAAUGGAUCAUUUCUCCCAUACUUGCCUUAUUUAAGUGCUGCCCUGAUUGUUUAUAUCAUUGGAUUUUUUAUUCUUUCAUUACACAACAUCAUCGCAGGCAGGAAAGCAUCUGAUGAUAUUAAUGAGGAUGAUUGUUCGCAAAGCUUGACGAGGCGAGAACCAGCUAAAGUGAAUGAAGUGUAG